UCCAGAACCGAGACUCUUUGGCGCGCCCCAAGUCUUUUUUUCCUGGAAGAACUCCGCUUCUGGUACGUCCACCGCCCAGGCAGAGCAAGUACCCACUGGCGCUUCACAAGAACGGUAUGUUUAUCAUAUAUUUAUCAGGAAGUCUACAGGGCGUACGCGUAGCCAGGAGUUGGUAAGACGCUGAGGAYGCCUGGCGCACAACGGACCCUGAGGGGGCUUGCAAGCACCAGCAAAGAUGCUGACCAAGAACGGUUUUUCRCAACGGUCUGCCAAGUGGGGCCRGAGCAAAAAGUUCUGCUGUUACCUGAGUACAAGCCUGCCAGUGACUGUAUUAGGAAGCAGGAGAAAGGAUAGGCAGAACCUGGUUGUGUGCUUGUAUGGAGCUCCGCGACUGAGUGUGUGUGAGUGUGUGCAGACCCGGAUCCCGGAAGUGAAGCACAGACCGGAACCAGGAAGUUGCUGUGCCGAGAACCCGGAUUCAGGAAAUUUGAAGGAUGCCUUCUUUUGCCUCCCUCUCCACGAAGCCAGCCAGAAAAUAUUCGCUUUUAAAUAGAAAAGCCCUAAAAGUAAGCGUAAAACCCAGCUCACCUAGACAGUGUUGUCUCAAGAGUUCAAGAAUAGUCCUACCAUAUUUGGAGAUCAACUUACCAAGGACUUAGAAUCCUAGGAGGUCCCAGCAUCAAAAAGAAAACUGUUGCAAUAUGUGGAUGACCUCUUGAUAGCUACCAAGACUGAAGAGGCCUAUCUUAYSUGGACGGUAAGCCUGCUAAAUUUCCUAGGACUGCAGGGAUACCAGGUUUCCAAGAAAAAGGCCUAAGUAAUGAAAAAAAAAAAGGUAAUUUACCUAAGCCAUGAGAUCUGUGCAAGACAAAGGAGCUUGGGGCAGGAUCACAAAGAAGCCAUCUGCCAGACCCCGAAACCUCAAACUGUGAAAAAACUCAGAACAUUCUUGAGAAUGACGGGCUAGUCCAGACUUUGGAUUUAUAAUUAUGGUUUACUUCUAAAGCCCCUAURUGCUCUCAUAAACACAGAAGAGAGGGAUCUCCAGUAGACAAAGGAAGCCACAAAGGCCUUUAAGCAGCUAAAGAAUGCCCUCAUGUCAACACCAGCUCUAGGACUUCCAGACAUGAGUAAACCAUUCUUUCUGUUCUCCCAUGAGAAACAGGGAAUUGCCUUGGGAAUAUUAGCACAAGACCUGGGUCCGUACCGACAGGCAGUUGCUUAUUUCUCAAAACAAYUAGAUACAGCAGCCAAAAGAUGGCCGGGGUGCCUCAGGGCUGUUGCAGCAGUCGUGAUAAACAUUCAGGAGGCAYGGAAGUUUACAUUAGGCCAGAAAAUGACUGUGCUGGUGUCACACACAGUGUCUGCAGUGCUAGAAAURAAAGGCGGCCACUGGCUUUCCCCACAGAGGUUCUUAAAACACCAAGCCAUCAUAGUAGAACAGGAUGAUGUAGAAAUAGUAGUGACUAACAUUGUCCACCCAGCUUCUUUCCUCAGCAGAAAUGAAAGAAAGCCGGUACACCACGAUUGUCUAGAAACCAUCGAAGCUACAUAUUCCAGUCGUCGGGAUCUGAAGGAUACCCCUUUAGAUGACGCAGAAACCUGGUUCACUAAUGAGAGCAGUUAUGUUAUUAGUAGAAAGUGACAGGCUGAGUAUGCAGUUGCUACCUGCAAAAAAGUAAUAGAAUCUAGACCUUUGCCAACAAACACCUCUGCACAGAAAGCUGAAAUAAUUGCUCUGACACGUGCCCUAGAAAUAGCAAAAAGAAAGAAAAUAAACAUCUAUACAGACUCAAAGUAUGCAUUUAGAAUUGUACAUGCACAUGAAGCCAUUUAGAAAGAACUGUUGAACUCACAAAGAAAAAAUAUCAAACAUGCACAAGAAAUAUUGCARCUGUUAGAAGCAGUCCAGCUACCUAAAAAGGUGGCAAUCAUGCACAUUAAGGCACACCAAAAGGUGAGCUCUGAAUUAGAGGAAAGAAACGAGCUGGCGGACAGAGAGGCAAAAAAAGCAGCAAAAGGCCAGAUAACAACAGAAGGAGCCCUGAUCCCAGAUGAGAAGGUCUCCCUAGAAGGUAAGCCUAAAUACAAUGAAGAAAAUAAAAAGUUAAUUAAAAAUGAAAAAGGAACAUAUAACCAAGAAGGAUAGGCUAUCACAGCAGAAAGAAGGAUAAUAAUACCUUCUUAUUUGUUGUAGUCAUUAAUUAGAAAAAAACACCAGAAAACACACUGGGGUGUAGAUGCUUUGUAUAAUUACCUAAAUAAUAAAAUUAUUGCCAGGCAUUUACAAGAUACCAUCAAGCAGGUAACCCGGCAGUGUGACAUUUGCCUCCAGACUAAACCCAAAAUUACUCCCAAAAUAAAACUUAGUCAAAUUAGAAGAAGCCAUAGACCUAGACAGCAGUGGCAAAUUGAUUUCACAGAACUUCCAAGAAAAGGGGGGUAUCAAUACUUGUUAGUAUUAACAAAUACCUUUUCAGGGUAGCCAGAAGCCUUUCCCACCAGAACCGCCAAGGCCCGGGAAGUAUAAUUAUAAUCCAAAAAUGGGAKAGUACCUCUAGCCAGGGCAAUACUGAUUGGCCUUAGUCUCAAGGUAUCUGGCAGUAUACU